AUGCACACCUCAACUGUCACUCUCGGCCUCACGGCCCUUCUCGCCGGAGCCGCCCAGGCCGCCACCUACACCCUCAACACCACCUACGAUGCCACCAACUUCUUCACCUCGUUCGACUUCUUCAACGAAGAGGACCCGACCAAUGGCUUCGUCGAGUACGUCAACGCCGAGACCGCUAACGGCGAAGGUCUCGCCGGCUACCACGACGGCGCCAUCUACAUGGGCGUCGACACCACCACCGUCAACCCUACCAACGGCCGCAAGUCGGUCCGCGUGACCUCUCAGGCGUCCUUCACCCACGGUCUCUUCAUUGCCGACAUUGCCCACAUGCCCGGCAGCAUCUGCGGAGUCUGGCCCGCCAUGUGGUUCUUCGGACCCAACUGGCCCGCCUCUGGAGAGAUUGAUAUCAUCGAGGGCGUCAACACCCAGACCCAGGACACCAUCACCCUCCACACCGGCCCCGGCUGCUCCAUCACCAACGAGGGCACCUGCGACAGCACCACCCUCAAGGAGUCCAACUGCAACGCGGGCGACGCCGGCACCGGCUGCGGCCAGAACACCGCCGACAACCAGAACUACGGCGACGGCUUCAACGACAACGGCGGCGGCGUCUACGCCAUGGAGUGGACCUCGGACCACAUCUCCGUCUGGUUCUUUGCCCGCGGCCAGAUCCCCAACAACGUCAAGAGCGACACCCCCGACCCUUCCACCUGGGGCCUGCCCGCCGCCCGUUUCGCCGGCGGCUCUGGCUGCGACAUCGACACCCACUUCAUGGACAACAACCUCAUCUUCGACACCACCUUCUGCGGAGACUGGGCCGGCUCUACCGAUGUCUGGAACAGCAACGCCGAGUGCUCUGCUCUCUCCUCCACCUGCAACGACUACGUCGCCGCCAACCCGGCUGCGUUCACCGAGGCCUACUGGCUCAUCAACUCCAUCAAGACCUUCGACCAGACCGCUUCCAACUACACCGUCAAGCGGGCGACUCUCCACAAGCCCAUGCCCUACCUGGGUUAA